AUGACAGGCAGGACCCUCGAAUCCUAUACUUCUCGAGGUCGAUUAUACUAUCUUCCGGAGAAUCGAGUAACUGCUGAUAGCCCAUCUGCACCGUUUGAACCCCGUCGCAGACGUGCGCAAUCGAUUCGCAUCACUCGUCUGCCUCUUGGAUAUCGUCUGAGCAAGGACGACCUCUACGUCAAGGAACCUGUCUUCACCAAAAAGCUGGCGGGGUCUAGAGAGAGCGCGAAGCGUUUCCUUCGUUCCGUCAUUAAUCCCCCUUCAUCUUCGACCCCAGCACCGCCUGCGGGGCCAACAAAUCCUUCGUCUGAACCGGCCGCACCUCCGCGCCCCGCCGAUCCCAUGAUGAUACAAGCGGAGCCGACUCCGGCGAGUCAUCGAAACUCGAUCAUUGGAGGAUCUCUCAGUGGGAUAAUCUCGCGACCCUCUCUCAACGACAGUAUUCGCACUGCGUCCGGUCGGUCCUCAAUAAGCGGCGGAAGCACCUCGAGUGUACCCAAAUCCAUUCAGGAUGAAAAGCCGCUUGCUUCUGGAAAUGGCAUCUCAGUCUCCGUUUCGUUAGCAGAGCCGGUCCUUUUCUUGCAGGGUUUUGACCAAAAUGACGCAGAGUCCGGGUCUACAACAAUGCUGCGUGGCAGCCUGCAUCUCAAGGUUUACAAGGCCGCUAAGAUCAAGGCGAUUUCGCUGAAUUUCCGCGGAAAGGCGAUCACGAAAUGGCCCGAAGGAAUUCCGCCACGCAAAGCUGAAUUUGAGGAGAUUGAAACAUUAAUGAACCACACAUGGCCCUUCUUUAAUGCCCAAUUCCCCACUGCAGAGGGUGGCCACUGUGCCGACGUGUGCCAUCUUGCCAAGGGUCCUACUACGAGCACGACUAGCCUGGGUGUGGGCAGCUUAGGCUCAGCCUUCGAUCAGUUUGUGCGGUCGUCCUCUCCAGUCAGUUCACAUGGAAACAACAUGUCGUCACGCGAUCUCAAGCGACUCUCCUUACAGCUCAACCAUUCGCGCAGUUUUGGCAAGGGCGAAUCGGGCGGAACUGGUCCCACAGUUGCACAAAAAGGUUACCGGAUGUUUCAGCCUGGUGAUUACAUUUAUAACUUUGAACUUCCACUUGACAGUCGUCUGCCAGAGUCUAUCAAGGUUGAGCUGGGCACGGUCAAGUACGAACUGGAGGCAUCGGUAGAGCGGGCUGGUGCAUUCCGUGCAAAUCUUAAUGGAAUCAAGGAGAUCGUCUUGAUUCGGACGCCGUCCGAAGGUUCAUUAGAGCAGGUGGAGCCAAUUGCCAUUAGCAGAAAUUGGGAAGACCAGCUGCAUUACGAUAUCGUCAUCUCCGGCAAAUCUUUCCCUCUCGGUUCACAAAUUCCCAUCGCAUUCAAAUUGACGCCACUAGCGAAAGUGCACUGUCACCGAAUUAGAGUUUAUGUGACUGAAAACAUUGAAUAUUUUUGCCACAACAAGCGGGUGCAUCGGAUGGAGCCGACCCGCAAGGUUCAGCUGUUUGAGAAGAGAGCGGACGGGCCAAGCACGAGCGCGUAUCCAGGAAGCUCCGUUAGGGUCACGGCUGGAGGCGGUGUUGCUUAUGACAGCCGUGACGCUGCCGCUGCUGGAAGAGAAGACUUCCCGGUUCAGGACAAUACCAAUCUCCUCGGAAAUCUGGAGGCAUCGACAAACAUCGGGCCUACCGAAAUGGAAUUCAGCGUUCAGCUCCCCAGCUGCGCAGGACUAGGCGAAAAAGAGAGAGCUCAACGACUGCACUUUGAUACGACGUUUCGGAAUAUCCAAGUCCAUCACUGGAUCAAGAUUGUGAUGCGUCUUUCCAAGCCUGAUCAAAAUGAUCCUACGAAGCGUCGACAUUUUGAAAUCUCCAUCGAUUCGCCUUUCCACAUCUUGUCCUGCCGCGCCACGCAAGCCAACAUUGCCCUUCCAGCGUACUCUUCUCCGCAAGUCUAUGAUGGCGCGCCAGUCACGCAGGCUCCCUGUCACUGUCAGGAUCCCAUUUUCAACUCGCGAAACUCAACUCCAGCUAUCCCGCCUGUGGGCCACAAUAUCCCUCCAUCUGGUGGGCUCGCCCGGCCUCAAGCUGCUCACAUCAACUCGGGCAACGUCCAGCGACCUAUCCAUUUGCUGCGCAAUCCAUCAUUCAACCCUCCGCCGUUUGAGUAUGACUCCCCUCCGCCACCUCUGAUCACUCCCCCGCCGCAGUACGACACUGUUGUUGGCGAAGGUGACGGCCUGCGAGACUAUUUUGCUCGAAUUGCAGACGAAACGCACGCAGAUGAAGACGAGGAAGAUGAGGGUAGCGACGGUAGCGACGACAUCGUCCGUACUCGAAGUCGGGGUCGAGUAGUGUUACCUCUGACCCCAGGUGGCCGCGUCAACCGGAGUAUGGACUUGCCUCGGACGCGCAUGCCUCUUGAUAAUGCGGUCUAA